AUGCUCCACUCGUGGCGAAAUCUGGACCAUGUUCCCCGAUCUGCUUAUCAAUUCUGGAUCAUGGCCCGGAACAUCAUGGGAGUAAAAGACAAGAAGAAAUGGGGUAAACCGAAUUGGCUCUGCCACAUCACCGAAGGGAUAAGUAGAGAAGAAAAGAGGUGGGGAACCAAGGAGGUCCUUGUUAGACAUCCCGCGGACAAUGUAAGAUCGACUUUCAUCUUUAAGAACAGCAGCCACCGGGAUGGUGCUAUAUACAAAAGAAGCUUUGCUCUUCGAAAAUUAUGUCGUGUUACUGACCGUGAUGAGACACAACUUGAGCCAAUGAUGUUAUCGGAGCCAACGGAUUGCUUUCCUGACCGAGAAAGGUGCUGCGUGCAUUAUGAAAGGCCGAUGAUGCAAAUUUUCUCAUUAAAAUUGGCUAGUGUCUCUAUCAACACUAGCUCAGUAGAACUAUAUGGAUAUAUUGCAGUGCGGGAUUAUGUGGACUCAUUGCUUAAUUAUAUUGUCAACCGUAGCAGGGAUGACCCCAUUAUUGCGCAACAGGGUUCUUUCAUUGAGAUGACUGGCCCUAAGCGAGGCAUUGCAAUGAAUUCCCCUGUUCUAGUUGAAUUUGACAUGAGGAUCAAGACAGGAGAGAAAGAAGAAGAUGAUCUAACAUUGAUCGACGGCGCAACAGAUUAUUGUGACCUAACCAUACCUUCUGUGUCAUUCACACAUCGCAUUCAUGGCAAUUGUGGUGCGGUUGACAUCACUUUAGCACGUGUUUACAAUGCAGUGGAAGCAACAAUAGAUGUUCUCGUAUUGAAAGUGCAGAAUGGAUUCAAUUUAUCGCUCAGUUCGUUUGUGUUUGUCGGCGGAUCAGAUCAGGAAAUUCCUCUCUUUCGUGGCACUACUGCUGAGUCAUGUGGCUUAAGAAGAUGCGUGAUUGCUGUGAAGAUGGAUACUUGGAUGCAGUUGAAGUUCAAGGUAGGUCAGAACGGCUCUAAAAAUGAUCAUCUUGAACGCAGUUGCUACUUCAAAGCAAACAUUCAUGGAUGUGCCUGUCAACAAAUAAUGCUUCAGCAUGCCGCCCUCUCUGUGAAGGUGACUUGGUCGACCGUGCCAGUAUAA